AUGAGGGCUGCUCUCUUACUAGUGGGUUUAAGCUUAGCUGCCAUUGCAGCUGCGAAUCCGCAAAGAAUCGUUGGAGGUUCAGUCACAACUAUUGAUAGGUACCCAUUCGGUGUUUCUCUUCUGUACUCAUGGACUGGAAUAGGAAAUUAUAUACAAGAGUGUGGUGGAACCAUAGUAAAUAACAGAGCUAUUCUCACUGCUGCACAUUGUUUGAUGGGAGAUCCUCCUAAUCGCUGGCGUUCUCGAGUUGGGUCCACUUAUGCAAAUAGUGGUGGCGUUGUUCACACGACCAGCAGAAUCAUCCGUCAUUCCGGUUUCAACAGACGCACUGUAGACAAUGAUGUUGCUAUAAUACAAAUUGUCGGUUCCUUCUCCUUUAACAACAACGUUCGUGCAGCUGCCAUAGCAGGUCCCAACUAUGGCCCCGCUGACAACUCACCCGUUUGGGCAAUUGGGUGGGGAAGAACUAGAAGUGGUGGCGGUACCCGUUCCGAACAGCUUCGCCAUGUCCAAAUGUGGACUGUUAACCAGGCAGUAUGCAGAAGUCGUUAUCAAUCAAUCAGUCGCACGGUCACCGAUAAUAUGCUGUGCUCUGGCCAUCUCGAUGUCGGAGGUCGCGAUACGUGCCAGUUCGACUCUGGUGGUCCUCUGAUCCAUAAUAAUGUUAUCAUCGGCAUCACGUCCUGGGGUGAGGGAUGCGGUCUCCCUCGUUUUCCUGGUGUCAGUACUCGCGUUUCCCGCUACACAAGCUGGAUUCAAACCCAUUCUGAAUCUUAAGUUAUAUGAGACGUUUUAUAAAUCCGUUAACU